CUGACACUGGCAUAUCCGGCUGAGUUAGUGUUUUGUUCGAGGCGUCUCGCGGAACUGUCAGCAGGUAUGGGCCAUGUACUGUACCAUCAUGACAAAUUGCACGCUAACAUAGUGCUCCAGAAUGUGGCCCUAUUUCAACAUUCAAAGGAGUUAUGUGACAUCACACUCAUUGUAGAGAAUGAGGAGAUAAGAGCUCAUAAAAUUGUUUUAGCAGCUUCAUCUCUAUAUUUUAGGACUAUGUUUUGUGGAAGUUUAAUGGAAAGCCACCAAGAAAAGAUAGUUCUCCAUGACAUUGAACUACCUACCUUUAAGGAAAUCAUACAUUUUAUGUACACAGGUCAAAUAAAGAUUUCUGAGGAAAAUAUUUAUUCUGUGAUCAGUAUGGCAGAUUUCCUACAGAUUCCAGCUUUAAGCCACCCCUGCUGCCAGUAUCUACAGACAAGUCUCUGUGUAGACAACUGCCUAUCAGUGUACCAGACUGCUAUAGGUAGUGGUUACAAUGAUCUUGCCCAUGAAGCUUUGCGCUGCAUACUUCGUAAUUUCUCAUCGGUCUGUGAACAGCCUGAAUUCUUGGAUGUAACUAUUGAACUGUUGCCAGAUAUUCUUUAUUCAGAUUACAUAAACAUUGAUGAUGAAAGUAGGCUACUUGAGAUAUUUAUUCGUUGGAUAAAAGUUGAUCUAGAGAAGCGUGCACGACACAUUCCUUUGAUUCCAAAAAUGAUUUGUUUGGAUGCAGUACCAAUGGAAAAGCUUAUCUCAGUAAAAAUUGAUUCAGUUAUGUUCAAGACUGAGCUUCGUUCUAUAAUGGAUAAAUGUAUUGAUAAAAUUUUGACUGUAAGAUAUGAUGAUCCAGAACAAAACGACCUUAUACUGAAUGAAAAGAGACCCUGCAAAUUUUUUCGAUACCAUGCUGAGCAACAGGUGAUGUUAGUCAUAGGUGGAAAAAUGGAUGAUACAACCACUCAUGCAAGUGUAGAAUGCUUUACUCCUGGAUUCAGUCAAUGGAGUUAUCAUCUUCCUGGUCACAAAAUAUGCAUAAAGAGUAUGCACCAUGCACGAUCUUCAUUUGCUACAGCUGCCAAAGAGUAUGAUGUGUAUGUCAUUGGAGGAAAAGGUGAGUCUGGUCUACUGGACACAUUUGAACAUUAUCAUGUGAAAUGCAACACAUGGAAUUUGUUACAAAAUAUUCCUAAAGCAGUAGAGGGUGCAGCUGCUGUUAUUGCAAAUGGAAAACUUAUUGUAACAGGAGGUCGAUCAACGACUUGUUAUGAAUCUUCUACUUGGGUCUUUGACAAUACUGUGAAUAAAUGGCAGCACCUUGAAUCGAUGAAAAUUCGCCGUGGCUUUCACUCCUGUGUUUGUGUAGGGGGCAUGGUAUAUGCUUUAGGAGGCAUUGGUGGAGAUUCCCCAACCGCAGAAGGAUGUAUAUCAAAAGUUGAGAGACUUGACAUUUCACAAACUGCAUGGUACUUUGUGGCUCCCAUGGUGCAGGCACGUGCUCACUUUGGUUGUGUGGCAAGUGGUCAGUCCAUUUAUGUUGCUGGAGGCACUUCUGAUGAGAUAUACCUCAGAAGCAUUGAAAGGUAUGACACAUCAACAGACACAUGGUGUGUCCUGAAGCCAAUGCAAAUACCCCGAGCGUAUUUUGGAAUAACAGUUUUCCACAAUCGAAUUUAUUGUGUGGGUGGCAGUGAUAGUGUGCAUGAACUCAAUACAGUAGAGAAAUAUAAUCCAAGCACUGACAUGUGGCACUGUGUUAUUUCCAUGAAUGUCAAACGUGUGUCACCAUCUGCUGUAACAGUAUAUAUUCCAACAUUUCCUGGUGAGCUGCCAGGAGAAGAAGAAGGAAAAGAAAUAAAUCUAAAAAAUUCCCAAGUAUUACUACUCAGAUGACUUCCAUGAAUCAGACUAAAGAGAAAUGAGGAAACCAGGAAUUAUAUGUGAUUAUUAAUCUGUGAGUGUUAGUGCAGCAUUGGAUAAGGAAGAAGUAACAUGGUACAUUGGAAAAAGCUUAUACAGAGCCAGAGGAGAGCAAGGACUUCAAAGUGAAGAGAAAUGUAAGCAUGACUAUUAAAGAAGAAUGGAAGUUAAUUAAGAGAAAGGAAAGUUACAAUACUACAUUUAUGAACUUUUCCUAACAGUUAGAUAAUUUCUUUGUCAAUAAUUCACUUAACUGAAACUUGGAGGUGGUUAAAUGCUUGUCUGACAAUAAGUAGGUCUACUACCCUGUCUUUUUUCUUGUGCCAUCACUAAAGUAAGAACUAUCUUAAAAUGAAUGAGACAAAACUAUUCCUUCUAAAAUUCUGAGAUGCAGGAUGAUGAUGGGCAGUGAAAAGAAAGUUUCCAUAUAAUUUUCAGACAGAAUGCUUGUAAAGGGGAAAUGGUUUUAUUUAGUACCAGCGUCCCAUGUAUUAGCUAUCACAAUGUGUUCUUCUUGUCAGAAUUCUGAUAUUCUUAGAAACAGCUAUUUAAAAAUUUAACAGUUUUAGUUGCAUCAGCUCAUUUACAUCUUUAUUACAUGUAUGUGUAAUCUAUUACUCUUCAUUUAUUUGUCAGGACUAAUAAUAUGCCUAUUGGUAUGAACAGCAUAGAUAUUAGCUGUGUGAAAGCUUUAGCUUUGUUAAAAUUAUGUAAACAGAUGUGCUGCAAAUAGAAACAAAUGAUGGGAUGCUACUUUAUAAAUCUAGAAAUCAAGCCACAAAUGGUACUGAAGAAGACAGAGAAGAAAUACAUAUUUGAUGUGGGACUGGGUACAAGAUAUCCAUCUGCCAAAUGAGGCCAGUGAUAAAUCCUGAACCUUUGUAACCAAAGGUUCCUUACAAAGAAAACAUGGAAACUGGUGGAAAGUUAAAUGUGUAAAAAGGAAAUAAGGUGUAGCAGAGCAACUCAUUACCUUAGAUCAGAUAACACUUGUAAAAUGUACUACAAUUUACCUGACAUGUUGUGACUUUGUUUCUAAUACACUAAUUUUGUUGUUUGCCUUCUCAUUGCCUCUUGCAAGCAUACGUUUCUCUGGACCCGUGCUACAAAGAUGCAGUAACAAGCAUCUGGAACCCAAAAAUGUAGGAAAUCAAAUAAUUAAUAUAGAUAUUUUUUCUGUUGCAGUUCAAAGUGUCUUUCCCACCCACACCUUAAAUAAAAAAGAAAAACUAUUUAAUUUCCAGUGAACAAUACAUAUUAUUAGCUGCUUCAUUCUACUGUAGUUUGUGUUGCCAAUGAGUGUGAUUCUUCAGUUAUUUUGAGAUAUUAUUUACAAAAACUUAACUGUUACAAGUGAUUAGCUUUAAGUUCUAUUUUUUUAAAAAAACUCAAGAUGACAAAAAAUAUUGCAGAAUUCAAGUAGCUGUAUGCCACAUGUAACUUUGUCAGUAAUCAGUUGUUGCUAAUGACUACUUACAUUAACUUCUUCAAGCACAUUGCUUUCAUUCUACUGAUUAUCAUACACAUGUUCCAUGUAAGUUAUUCCAGUGUAAAUUUUGGAAAAUAAAUGAACUACAGU